CACACAACACGAUGAUCAAGCGAGUGGUAAAUGUGAUGUGUGUGGAUGAAGACACAGUGAAGGACAAGGAUGCUGUGAAGAUUGAACUGAGUGCUUUCUCCAGCUGUGAGCACACCAGACAGCUUGUUCAGAAGUAUGGCACUGAAUUCUGCGACUCUGAGUCCUGUAAUUUCCAAAUCUUCCAAAAGGAGAAUUCCAACAGUGCGAUCCUGAUUGGCCAGAGUGUUACAGAUGAUCUUCAGGGUGUGACUGGGAAGAUUGAUCAUCUCAAAGAAAAGCUGGGCGUGGUGAAGGCCUCCCCACGCUGGGGGAAACACCAGCCCACAGUGUUGGUGGCUUUGCUACUGUCUGGGCUCAUUGGGGCUGCUCUCCUCAUCGCAGGCUACUGCUGGAAGACCCAACGCAACAGCAAUGCCAAGGGCAUGAAACUGCCGGAUGACUCCUAUCAGGUGGAUGAGGAGAAUCAAGGCAACACUCUAGUCUCUGUGGCUCCCCUCACACCCCCUGAGCCCCAGGAGAAGCCCAGCAUCAACGGUGAGUCCCCUGAAGCAGUCAAGACCCAGACACCAGCCGCCACCAAUGGGCACUCCACCACCAAGACUCCUGUGGCCGACACCGAGCUGUGAGAAGAGCGACCAUCACCAUCCACAGUCAGGGUCUCCACCCUGAACUACAUCUCUG